UAAUCCCCACUCCAGAUCCUCAGUGAUGUCUCAAACACCUUCCUCAUUCCACCAACCACCUGGAUCCACAAUUGUACAUGUUGAUAACCAGCCAAACUCAGCUGCUGUUCAUGCUACUGCUCAUCUGCACAAUCAGGCUUUGAUGGCUCAAACUCAACUACACAAUUCUCAUCCUGUAGCCAUAAAUUACAUUGCCACACCCUCUACAGUACAUGAUGCUGCAUGGUACAUGGAUUCUGGAGCCACAGACCAUGUUACCUCUGACUUUUCUCAACUCACAGGAAGCACCAGCUAUGAAGGCAGUGAACAACUCCAGGUUGGCAAUGGACAAGCACUCCAAAGUAACCCUUCUCAAAGGAAUGCUUAAAGAUGGAUUAUACCAACUUCAAGCUCCAGUUUAUUCAUUACCUAUCCUUGCAGAAGUUUUGGAUCAGUCUGUUCAGUUUCAGCACAAAAGUAGCCCAAUUUUAAAUAAGUCAUGUAAUAAGCCUUGUAGCACUUCUUUUCCUACACAAAUGUUGUCUACACAAUUGAUGCCAGAACAUGUUUUUAGUAGUUGUAAAUCUGCCUGUGAUGAUUUUGUUAAUCAAAAUUGUAUGCAAUACAAUAGACCACUUGUAUCCAAUACUGUUAUCUGUACUGAUGAUGCAUCUAUAAUCAAUAAAAUAAAUUCUCUUCAAUCAUUCCCUGUUCAGUCUACUAAU